AUGAUGAACAUCGCGACAAUCUAUGCGUUACGUAAAGUUUCUUCGUUACCGCAAACUUUGAAAACAUUGCUUCCCAGUCUGGCUGUUUCUGAUGUUAGUGUUGGCUUAUUAGAGCAGCCGCUGUACAUUCUCACGCUGAUCAAGUGGUUACAACAAAACCCUCCUAGCUGCUACAUCUACAGGCUUUUGGACUUGGCAAGUAUUUUGUUCGCUGAAGCUUCCUUCCUAGGAGUGGUAGUUGUAAGUGUAGACAGGUUCUUAGCUCUUCAUCUUCAUCUUCAUCUGAGAUACCAGGAACUUGUGGCUCACAGGCGUGUUGUUGUGGCGGUGAUAUCAGUUUGGAUGCAAAGUGCGUUCUUCUCUUUUCUGGCGUUUUCGAGAUUUAUUUUUAUCCAAAGCGUAAUAUCUUUCGUCGUUGGGUUUAUUGGUCUCUUUAAACAACAAUAAUUUAUCUCCAGAUUUAUGUAAUUGUGCGACGGCACAACAAUCAGAUUCAAGCCCUCCAAGUGCAACAGCAGACUGAAGAGGUAAUGAACUUUGCUAGCGUCAUAAAGUCUACAGUUUGUGUAUUAUGUGUGCAUGUCGUGUUUUUGUGCUAA